AUGGACCCCUCAAUCAUAGUUGGAGUUCUGAUAGCGGCGCUCGCCAUAAUCUCCGUCGCGCUACGAUUCUGGUCUCGCCGUUAUACCAAGACUGGUCUCAGCUGGGAUGACGGCCUGAUCCUGCUGGCGCUUUUGGCAACCCUACUGACAGACGCUUUGAUCAUAUGGGCAACCAGCAGCGCCCCGGGCGCGGACGACACGCAGGAUGACCCUGCUGCGGACGAGAACUACACACCCAGUGACGUUCUAUACAACAAAGCCAUCUAUGCUGCGACUGUCCUAUACUUUACGAUUACUUCCUCGACGAAAUUGUCGAUAGUCCUCAUGUACCAUCGCCUAUUCUCGGUGGACCCCUCCUUCCGAAGUCAGAUUAUCGCCGCAGGCGUGCUAGUCAGUGUCUACUGGCUAGGGCUCACUCUGGCGGCCAUUCUACAAUGCGUCCCCGUCGAAUACAAUUGGAUCCCAUACUGGCAUCCAGAGUAUUGCUUUAACUUCAACGUAUUCUGGUUCGUGACUGGCAUACUUGAGGCUGCCAUCGACAUCUACAUCAUAGCAAUGCCAAUAAGAAUGGUAUUACGACUUCAAUUGAGUACUAGUAGGAAAAUUGCCACGACAGCUGUUUUCUUACUGGGUGUAUUUGUUAUCGCUUCCGGCCUCGUCAAAGCCAUAGUUGGCUAUUCCCCGGGAAGCCACGCCGUUGCCUUCGACAAGGCCGAGAUCUGGACCGAAGUUCAUUGUUGCACAGGGAUUGUCUGUGCUUGUCUACCGGUUUGCUGGCAGCUAUUCAUCCGCCUGAAACAUAUAACACCAUCUUGGGCAUCAAUACCAUCGAUUUGGUCACAGCUUACGUCGGUCCACAAGAGCGGCUCGUCCAGAGUUACACAUAGUAGCAGCGAGAGACAACUGGCUCGUGUAUCGGAUGAGGAUGUCCUCCCCAUGUAUAACAUAACUGCGACUAAGCCCGCUUGA